AUGGAGGCGCAGCCCGACAGCCUGGAGGGCUGGGUGGCCGUGCGCGACGCCGCCUUCUCCGAGCCGCGCCCGCCGCGCCUGCGCUUCCUGGCGGCCUGGAACGACGCGGAGGGCAAGUUCGCCCUCACGUGCCACGGCCCCGCGGCGGGCGAGGCGGCGGCGGCGGCCCCGGCGGGGCGGCAGAGCUGGGCCGCGCUCUUCUCGGCGCAGGCGCUGCUGGGCGUGCACGCGCAGCUGGCGGCCGUGUGCCCGCGCCUCGAGCCCGCCUUUCCCGCGCUGCCCGCCGCGCUGCGCCGCGCCCGCCCCAGCGGCCUGUGGGCCGCGCUGGCGGCGGCUGAGGCGGCGCCCGGCGAGGCCGAGCUGCGCGAGCUGUGCGGGCGGCUGGAGCGCUACCUGCGCGGCGCGCUCGAGCUCUGCGGCGCCCGCGUGCUGCUCGACGCGCUCUUCGGCGCCGACCACGACGACGGCUACUACGAGAGCCCGCAGGAGCUGCGCGGCCGGGCCCUGCGCGGCCACCUGGCGCGCGCCCAGGAGGCGCUGCGGAGGGUUCUGCAGCAGCAUAAAAGUGCUGACACGAUGGUGGCGCUGAUGAAGGUUUAUGAAGAAGAGGAUGAAACUUACCAGGACUUGGUUACCAUGGCAACGCAGUUCUACCAGUUUUUACUGCAGCCGUUCAGAGACAUGCGCGAGUUGGCUACCGUGUGCAAGCUGGAGCUCCUGAAGUCUUUGCAGUWUGAUAAGCUGGGGCCCAAAAGAAUAGCAGCUUUGCAGAAAGAUGCUGAGGAAUGGACUAAGCGGGCGGARGAUGCUGUGUGCUCCAUUCAGGAGCUCACAGUGAACUACUUCAAGGAAACUGUAAAGGCCCUGACAGCAAUGCACAAGCAGAUGGAACAAGAUAAGAAAAGAUUUGGUCAAGCUACCUGGGCAUCAGCUUUGCCAAGACUAGAAAACCUGAAGUAUAUSUUAGCUAAAGAAACGCUUCAGCAUCUGCGGGCAAGGGAGUUGUGCCUGAAGCAGAAGCAAGCUGGCAUUGAGAAAAACAUGAAGAACCUCGAUGAACGAGAAGAGAACCUAACUGUAGCAGAGGAGCUGGAAAUGGAGUAUUAUGAAACCCAACUGGAAUUAUAUAAUGUACAGCUUGAGGUAUUGAAACACGAAGAGAUGCUUCUUGUUGUACAAUUGGAAACCUUAAGGAGACAGAUUAAAGAGAAACAGGAUGAAGUUGUUUACUAUGAUACAUGUGAAAAUCCUGAGGAGCUCAAGGCCAUGGAGCAGACAAUGGGACAACAUUGUGCUAACUCGUCAGAGAUGACAAAGCUGAAGCGGAAGACCAAGCAGUUGGAGACAAAGCGGGGCACUGUGUGUGCGAGGAGAGCCUACCUCAGGAACAAGAAAGAUCAAUGUGAAGCAAGCCAUCGGCAGAGACUGCAACAGGCACAGGAGAGCAAGAAACACUUCCAGCAGCACCACAGCAUACAGAUCAAGAGAGACAAGCAAAAAGAGGAAGAGAAGAAGAAAAAAGCUUGGAUAAGCCAAGAACGUAAGAAAACACUGGAGAGGCUGCGAGCAUUCCGGGAGAAAUGCCCAGCUCACAUUGUGCUGAAAACAUCUCCUCCCCAGCCUCUCAGUCCCAGGAUGCCACAAAGCAUCACCCAGCAGGCUGCGAUACUGUCCCCUCCACCUUCAUCAAGAGUGAGGCCAGAAAUGGAGCAGCCACUGAGCAUUCAGUUAGCAGAAGAAGACAACACUGUAAAUUUUCAUCAGAACACCUCAGCAGAUAUCCCUGUCCAGAUUUUUGUGGCUGCUGGUGACUCAAAGCAACAAAACCACAGUGAGGGGCUGAUGGACUCUCCAUCCUCACCACCAUCACCUCCUCCUCUACCUCCUAUACCUCCUGUAGCCCUUCCUUCUCCACCUCCUCCUCCACCUCCUCCUCCUCCACCUCUACCUCUCCACUUCAAGACACCAUCAGGAAUAGAGGAUAAGCCACUUCCCCUUAGUGUGGAAGUCCCUGUAAUGCACAUACAGGCUGACUCUUCCAGGAUAUCUGCAAAUAACUGCAUAGGAUCCAUGGAUGAGGUGUUGGCUUCUCUGAAGCAUGGCGAGGGUGUCCUCCGCAGAGCGGCACUGCCAGAUCCCUUCACCRCUGUGAAAGAUGACAUCCUCUCCGCCAUAAGGCGAGGGGUUAAACUAAGAAAAGUGAAUCAAAAAGUGAAUACUGAGAAAAAUAUCAGUAAAGGAUCCAGUAAUGAGCUGGAGAGAAGCAUUAAGGCAGCCAUCCAGAGAAUUAAGAGAGUGUCUGCUGAUUCUGAAGAAGAGGAAAACAAUGAUCAGAACAGUGGGGAAUGGGACGGAUAACCCAGUAACAGAUGAACUGCCUGGAACACAGCGCCUAUCUCACUUUGCACAUUGCCUGAGUGUGUGAGUGUGUGUAUGUGUUUGUCACAGUCCAAAAAUCUCUUACAUGGUAAGUGUCCUGUUGACUCUCUACAGGAGCUAUGGAUUCCUGUUUUUGCAUGGGCAAUCAUACCCAAAGAUGCUGCCAUUAACAGGCAAUUCUGCCUCAGCUGUGCAGAUUACAGAGUCCUCACUGUGUCUGAAGACAACGAGAACACUGAAUUGAAACAUACAUUACUUUGGUUGUUACUACACAGUAGAUAYGAGUAUUGCAACAGAAAUAAGAAGACAGAAGACAAAAAAGAAACAGAAAUAAUAAGAGUGAGAAGGUAACUAAAGACCUGCUUUGUGAAUGAAAAGCUUAACCAAAGCAGUAGUGGUAAAAGCAGAAAUCUUAGUGUAAUUUGAAAGCUCUCAUCACUACCUCCUCUSUCCAGCACUUCCUCUAAUAUCCUGCUUCUUUCUACAGCUUGCUCUGAAAUAACUGCUUGGAUGCUGCAUUUGUCACGAUAUAAAAUGAGUACUUUGAAAGGGACUGGCAAUGCCCAAGGGGAAAACUAAUAGCAAGUUGGAAAUAAAUGCUGCUCUAUUACUCACUGAAAAGUUUGCUUUUUAGAUGGAAGUUUGGAGUAUUUUUAAAAGGCAAGUAACUUUCACAUGUCCAAUUCUAGUUACCUAUUGGCAUAAAAGAAAGUGCCAAACUAUUGUAUGUAUUGCCUUCUGUGAUCUAGCCCUGUAAUAUGGAGCUGUGUUUCUCCACUGAGGAGAUCAGUACACACUUAUGCCUGUUCUCAUGAAUUUGUGUCCUCUGAAAGCACCUUAUAAAAUGGCAGUUCUUUACACUGUGCCCAGAAUCUAACUAAUUUAAAAUUCAACUAUAUUACAUAUGUAGACUGUUUCUAUUUUGGGUAAAUAGUGGAAUAAAUGAUUUAAAACUUUC